AUGGCUCCAGGCCUGAUCGAUCCUCAGCCCGCCGUUGAACCGACUCAGCGAACGGACCUCACAUCAGUCACCUCAGAAUGGACAGACGAACUCAGAUUCUACCUGAACGGUACUAAAGUCGUCCUCGAUACCGCCGACCCCGAGGUCACCCUCCUCGAAUACCUCCGUGGAAUCGGCUUGACGGGAACGAAACUAGGCUGUGCAGAAGGAGGAUGCGGUGCCUGCACAGUCGUGGUGUCACAGUAUAACCCCACCACCAAGAAAAUCUACCACGCCUCUGUCAACGCAUGUCUCGCACCACUGGUCUCAGUCGACGGCAAGCAUGUCAUCACAGUAGAAGGGAUCGGAAAUGUCAAGAGGCCACAUCCGGCGCAGGAGAGAGUGGCAAUGGGGAAUGGCAGUCAGUGUGGAUUCUGCACACCAGGGAUUGUCAUGAGCUUGUAUGCUCUGCUGAGGAAUACAGAUGCUCCGUCAGAGCAGGAGGUCGAAGAGGCGUUUGAUGGGAACCUUUGUCGGUGUACGGGUUAUCGACCGAUAUUAGACGCUGCACAGACGUUCAGCAAAGUGUCAGGGUGUGGGAAGGCUAAGGCCAACGGAGGUGGUGGGUGUUGCAUGGAGAAGAAAGGUACGGAUGGAGCGAAUGGAGGCGGGUGUUGUAAGAGUGGGGACAAGGACGAUGAUCAACCGAUCAAGAAGUUUACACCGCCUGGCUUCAUCGAGUACAACCCAGAGACAGAAUUGAUCUUUCCACCGGCAUUGAGGAGGCAUGAGUACAAGCCGCUGGCUUUUGGCAACAAGAAGAAGCGAUGGUAUCGACCAGUCACAGUGGAGCAGUUAUUGGAGAUCAAGAGCGUAUACCCUUCGGCGAAGAUCAUUGGAGGCAGCACGGAGACACAGAUCGAAGUCAAGUUCAAGGCAAUGCAAUAUACAGUCUCUGUCUUCGUAGGCGACAUUCCAGAGCUCAGGCAAUUCACAUUCGAGGAUGACCAUGUCGAGGUGGGUGGCAACAUCACUCUGACCGAUCUGGAGUUCCUCGCACUGGACGCUGCAUCACAUUACGGCGAGAGACGGGGCCAGCCUUUUACUGCCAUCAACAAGCAGAUCAGAUACUUUGCCGGACGCCAAAUUCGAAAUGUAGGGACGCCAGCUGGAAAUCUCGCAACAGCAUCUCCCAUCUCUGACUUGAACCCUGUUCUCCUCGCCACCAAUGCGACCAUUUUGGCAAAGUCUCUAGACAAGGUCACCGAAAUCCCCAUGUCCGACUUCUUCAAAGCGUAUCGAGUCACUGCUCUCCCUCCAGACGCCAUCAUCUCCAGCAUUCGCAUCCCGGUCUUCCAAGAAAAGGGGGAGUACAUGCGCGCAUAUAAGCAGUCAAAGCGGAAAGACGACGACAUUGCCAUCGUCAAUGCAGCUCUGCGCGUCCACUUGAACGAGGAAAAUUUCGUCCAAAACUGCAGUCUUGUCUACGGAGGCAUGGCGCCGGUCACAAUCGCCGCGAAGAACGCUGUGGCUUAUCUCGAAGGCAAGAGGUUCACCGACCCGACCACGCUUGAAGGCGUGAUGAACGCUCUCGAGCAGGACUUUGAUCUCCGCUUCGGCGUGCCAGGUGGCAUGGCGACCUAUCGAAAGUCGCUCGCUCUGGGUUUCUUCUACCGUUUCUACCACGAGAUCCUCCGCGAGCUGAAUCCAGAAGGCGUUGAGAUCGACCAGGACUGCGUUGACGAGAUCCACCGUGAGAUCAGCAAGGGCAAGAAAGACCACGAUGCUGGACGAGCGUAUGAGAAGAAGAUCAUUGGUAAAGAAGCGCCGCACGUCGCUGCAUUGAAGCAGACUACUGGUGAAGCACAGUACACGGAUGACAUUCCUGUGCAGAAGAACGAGUUAUACGGAUGUAUGGUGCUGAGCACAAAACCGCACGCGAAGAUUCUGAGAGUGGAUCCUUCAGCAGCGCUCGACCUCCCAGGUGUCGCCGACUAUGUGGAUCACACCGACCUGCCGACUCCAGAGGCGAACUUCUGGGGUGCACCGAAUUGUGAUGAGACUUUCUUCGCGGUCGAUGAGGUAUUUACUGCUGGCCAGCCCAUCGGCCUGGUAUUGGCGACUUCGGCGAAAUUGGCGGAGGCAGGUGCGAGAGCUGUCAAAGUCGAGUAUGAGGAGCUGCCAGCGAUCUUCACAAUGGAAGAGGCGAUUGAGGCGAACAGCUUCUUCGACCACUACCACUUCAUCAACAAUGGGGACGUUGACAAAGCCUUUGCCGAGGCGGAUCAUGUCUUCACUGGUACUGCGCGUAUGGGUGGACAGGAGCACUUCUACCUCGAAACGAAUGCCUGCGUUGCUGUACCUAAGCCUGAAGACGGCGAGAUGGAAAUUUUCAGCUCAACGCAGAAUCCUAGUGAAACUCAGGCUUACGUUGCGCAAGUCACGGGCGUCGCGGCGAACAAGAUUGUCAGCCGAGUAAAGCGACUGGGAGGAGGGUUCGGCGGAAAGGAGACACGAUCGAUCCAGCUCGCUGGAAUUUGUGCAAUCGCUGCGAAGAAGACUGGACGACCCGUACGAUGCAUGCUCAACCGCGAUGAGGACAUUCUCACAUCUGGACAACGACAUCCAUUCCUAGCUCGCUGGAAAGUUGCAGUGAACAAAGAUGGCAAGGUCCAAGCUCUGGACGCAGACAUCUUCAACAACGGUGGGUGGUCGCAGGAUCUCAGUGCAGCGGUCGUAGAUCGCGCAAUGAGCCACGUGGAUGGAGUAUACAAUAUUCCCAACGUCUUCGUCCGCGGCCGCAUCUGCAAGACCAAUACCGUCUCCAAUACUGCUUUCCGGGGCUUCGGCGGACCGCAGGGAAUGUUCAUCGCCGAGACCAUGAUGGAAGAAGUCGCCGACCAUCUCAAGAUACCAGUCGAGACUCUCCGCGAGAUGAACAUGUACGCUCCAGGUGACAAGACCCACUUCCGACAAGAACUCAAAGACUGGUACGUGCCCCUUAUGUGGAAUCAAAUACGCGAGGAAUCCUCGUGGGAAGCCCGCAAAGAGGCGGUCGCCGCCUUCAACGCCAAAUCGAAGUGGAAGAAACGCGGCAUGGCUCUCAUACCGACCAAGUUUGGCAUCUCCUUCACUGCGCUGUUCCUCAAUCAAGCCGGUGCGCUGGUCCACAUCUAUCACGACGGCUCCGUGCUCGUCGCUCAUGGUGGCACGGAAAUGGGUCAGGGAUUACAUACCAAAAUGACCAUGAUCGCCGCGGAAGCGUUAGGUGUGCCGGUGGAGAACGUCUUCAUCUCGGAGACUGCGACCAAUACCGUAGCCAACACUUCAUCCACGGCAGCGAGCGCGUCGUCAGACUUGAACGGCUACGCGAUCUGGAACGCAUGCGACCAGCUGAACGAGCGACUGAAGCCUUACCGCGAGAAGCUGGGCAAGGAGGCAACGAUGAAGCAGCUCGCGCACGCGGCGUACUUCGACCGCACCAAUCUCUCCGCCAAUGGCUUCUACAAGACUCCCGACAUCGGCUACGUCUGGGGUCCCAACACUGGCCAGAUGUUCUUCUACUUCACCCAGGGGGUUGCCGCUGCGGAAGUCGAAGUUGACACCCUGACUGGCGACUGGACCUGCUUGCGCGCGGAUAUCAAAAUGGACGUCGGUCGCUCGAUCAAUCCUGCCAUUGACUAUGGACAAAUUGAAGGUGCGUUCAUUCAAGGGUUGGGCCUGUUCACGAUGGAAGAAUCACUUUGGCAUCGAGCCUCGGGGCAAAUUGCGACGAGAGGACCGGGCAAUUAUAAGAUCCCAGGGUUCAGAGAUAUUCCGCAGGAGAUGAACAUCUCAUUGCUGAAGGACGUGGAGUGGGAGAAUUUGAGGACGAUUCAGAGGAGUCGUGGGGUUGGAGAACCACCGUUGUUCAUGGGGAGUGCGGUGUUCUUCGCGAUCAGGGAUGCUUUGAAGGCGCAGAGGAAGGACUAUGGGUUAGAAGACGAGGUUCUGAAGUUGGUCAGUCCCGCGACAGUCGAGAGGAUCAGGGUCAGUUGUGGGGAUGAUAUUGUGAAGAGAGCGAUGGUGGAGCCGCAAGAGGGUGAGAAGAGCUUUUUCGUGGCGAUCUGAUUGGAGUG